AUGACCAGAACCCAACAGGGAAAGACACUUCUUUCCCACCAUUUCCAUCAGUCACUCCCCCCACGGCUGGGAUGGGGCAUGAAUUUUUCCCACUCAAAACCAGAACACGAGGAGUGUGCCUCGGUGUCCAGUGUACCUCCAGUCUUCCACUUUAGCCCACAUCGCUGUGCACACCUGAAGAACCAGUAUUUGAAAAUGGCCGCUACAAACCUCACCUUCUCUCAGGAGGUGGUAUGGCAGCGAGGGCUUCCCAGCACCCCUUACAGCCAGUAUAACUUUGACCAUCUCUACAAGGCAGGCCACAUCAUCCAGCCUCCCCAGAUCAGCAGGGCCCGAUGCGAGAAACCCACUGGCCUCAAGUCCUUGCAUUCUUCAGGUCCCUCAGCAAGGGUCACCUCCCAGGCUGUGAAGACAGAAAGGUCUGCCAAUCUUAAGAAGCGGCCAAAGGAAUCCAAGCCGGCAAGUGUGGGCCAGGAAGAAUCUUGCCCUCUCAUCCCUCAUUCCUGCAGGGAUCCAGACAUGCCAGGUCUGUCACUUUCUCCAGACAUGAACCUGGAGGAGAGGGAAGCCUGGCUGCCACCCCCUGAGAAGGAGGCCAGAGCCUGGGAAGCCAUCGUGCUGGAAAAGCUGAACAAGCGCACCACCCGAUGGAUCCAGAGCAAACGUCCUCUGAGGCCUGGGGUAUCCCCCAACAAGUGGCAGAGAUUUCUUCGCCAGCAAUACGACUGGAGCCACAUCCGGGAUGAGCUUACUUCCACUAGCGAUCUGGAGCUACUGAAACAGCUAGAGAAAGAAGAAACAGCAGAAUUUGAGGAUGAAAGCGUUAUCUUGCCCACCCAGGAGAGAGAGAAGCCGGAGCUGCUGCUCCCUGUUUAUUAUAGAUUACCCAAUUACUUGCCACAAGUGCAGAGAGCUGAAGCUAUGCCUGGCAACAAUGAGACUGCUGAGGAUAUCAAAGGAAAGAAGAACAUCUGCCAGCCCCCGAAGCAGAGCCACUUCCGGCAGGUGAAUCGUCGAGCUGGAAAGUUUGCUUACUCCACAGACAACACCUUUGAACAGGAGAUAUACUUUGAUCAAGUCCAGAUCAUACACCAGAUUGGUGCGAAGACAGACCACAUUUUCCUGGAAAACCUCAAUUGCUACAAGAAGCAGCUGUCUAAAGUCUUCCCCGAAACCCCAGAAAGGUGGACUUCCCAGCCAGUUCCUGAAGCACCCUACAGGCCUAUGAAAGGAGCUCCGCGCUGGACGGCUUUGCCCACUCCAGUCAGAGAUCUGCUGCUCCAGGUGGGUGAGGAGGAUGUUGCCAUUAAGACCAGGAGACAGAAGAAGCAGAAGGAAUCACCAAAGGAGGAUGUGGCUUGGGAACUGGUGGUCCUGCAGAGGAUGCUGCAGGAAUGGAAGACUGCCUGGGCUCUGAUCAUUGAGUGGCACCAUGAAACAAUAGAGGGCCUGCUGCAGGGCUUGGUGGAUGUGCAUGAUGACAUUCGGAUCCAAGCCAUCAUUACAUGUGCCACGGCUGCUUUGGAACGGCCCCGGAUUGCCACCAGCCAGGGGGACUCAGACAAGGAGACUGGGAAAGCCCCAUCUGUCCAGGACUUGCCAGAGGUUCUACAGACCGCUCUGGAGGCUGCUCUUUGUGACAAAAGUGCCAAUGUGCGGAUCGCAGCAGCACUAUGCCAGUACGUCAUACAGUCGCAUAAUCCCCUCGCCCGGGACAUCAUGCACAGUGUCCUUAUGAAGGGUAAUAGCGUGGACAGCUGGGCUGCAGCUCAGUGCUUGGCUCUGGAAGGUGCUGCCACAUACCCCGUGAUUAAGAGGAUCCUCCAGCAGCUGUUCAGUAAGAAGAAUGACGACACUGAGUACCAGUCUUGUAUGCUCCUGAGCCAUCUCAGUGAGAAGACAACCCUGAUACACACCAUGCUUGCUGUGGAGCUGAACAGCUACCAGUGGAAGGACCGGAUCAUAGCCUGCCGGGUUCUCUCACAGGUCGGCGGGAAUGUCAGUUUGGAUAUGAAACAUAAGUUGAUCCAGAUGAUGCUGAGUGACUGGAAUAAGGAAGUAAGACAUGCAGCUGCCCAAGCUCUGGGGCGAAUGAGCUUUGGGAAAGAGGUGUACAAUACCAUCAGAGUCAAGCUGAGUCAAGGAAAUUUCCAGGAGCGUGUGGAAGCUCUCUCCCUGAUUGGUGGGCUCAAGGUCCUGACUGUCAGGCUUCUCCCAAGCUUCCUGAGCUGCUUCUCUGAUGAUUUCAUGGCAGUUCGGCGGGCAGCCUGUUUGGCAGCAGGCGCCCUGCAGAUUCGCAAUCAGAUGGUCCUUGAAUGCCUUUUGAAUCUGAUACAGAGGGAUCCUUACUGGAAAAUCAAGGCAUUUGCCAUUCAAGCUUUGGGUCAGAUUGGCCAAGUGAGUCCCCAGGUGACAGACCUCCUGCUCUGGGCCAUCCAUUAUGAAGAGUCACCAGGUGUACGACUAGAAGCUUGCCGUAGCAUCCUAGCCCUCAAUCUUCAAGGGGACCGGGUCAGGGACACCUUCCUAGACGUGCUGCUCCUAGAGAACCAUGAGGCUGUUCUAAAGGAAAUUCAUCAGGCAAUGAAGAUACUCAACUUAGAAAAUGAAGGAAACCAAGAAAUGCUUCAGAAGAUCAAGAACAGGAUUCAAAUACUAAGCCAAAAGGACUUGCUGACAGAGAAAAUAUUCAAGAUGGAGAGGGUCAUAGGAAAAGUGAAGGAAGAAACAAAACGUGUUUACUUGCAACCCAAGGAGGGGCAAAAACCACUGAAACUCCAUACUUUUCUACAAGAAACUUUUCAGGAUGAAGUGGUGAUUCCUAGAAAGCCAUCUGAAAUUUGUGACAUUAAAGCAGUCAUAAAGCCUGUGAGGCCCCGCACACCAAAUCCCUGGUCACAGAGUCCAGUCCUGGACCUACACACAAGAAGCAGAGGUCAAUUGUCAUCUGUGAAAGAUCUGCGCACUGCCCGGGAAAAAAGGAUUAUGGUGGGACCAUUUGGAUCUGACAACCCGGAUCUCUAGCUGGUCUUGUUCUAGAGCAAGUUCUUUACAAGAGUGUUACAAGAAGACCAGGCUGGCACGAUCAUUCUCCCUCGCACCACAUAGGUGGGUAUGAACACUCUGAGAUCCCUUGGAAGCAUCACUGAAGUUUCACAAUGCUGACUGACAAUUCUCAGCAACCUCAACAUACCCUCACGCUUUCAAGAUUUAGACAUGAUGGAAGAGGUGCAGACUGUAUAUGUAUCACUGGAUGGCAUUCUAUCAGAGCAUACUGAUGUAGGCGGGCCAGGGCAAGGACCCAGAGGGGUCCUGCAGGACCAACCAAGAGGGUCCUUGGCUUCACGCAGGAUAGAAAUCAAACUUGAGCCAGCAAGAAGUGAGAGCAGAAUUUAUUGAAGGCAUAGAGAGAGCAGAUACCGAUGGAGCAUUUGGGAGACUCCAGAAGGGAAAGGAGCAUGAGUCUUGUCUUUGCUCGGGGUCUGGAGUUUUUACUGAGGAUGGUAGUUUCAUCUACGUGUCCUUUCUGGCAUCCAGGAACUGGUCAAAACAAGGAUGAGUGCUCAGAUGUCCUCCAUAAGUCACUCAUGCCCUGGAGUCAGGGGUGUCUGGAGCCCGUGGUCUUGAAAAACGUACAUGACCACCCCACCCGGUCAGUCCUUAGAUACUAUUGUGCUGGGAGACUCCAAAGAAAUCAUAAGCUCCUUGACCUUACAAGGAGGACAUACAUUUGUACUAGAAGCCAUGAUGCAAGGGCAGGAGUACAGGUCCUAGUGAGAAGACAAGCAGGAAAAGGAGCAAAGAAUAAAACCAGCUCUUUUUUCAUGGGGUCCCUUCAAGUUCCUUGUCUCAACACAAUACCAAAAAAAAAAAAAAAAAAUCACUAUGGGAGAGGAGAGACCCAGUAUUCAAAGUAGUGUGACUCCAGCUUUCUUUCUUAAAAAUUGAUUGUUAUUUAUGCCUUAAAGAGCUUUGGGAAAUUUAGAGAUGAAAAUACAGGCAAUGUGAAUCGCUCCUUUUUUCUUGCCCUAAUCACAUCCCCUCUUCCGGCGGCACUGUCAUCACCAGCAAUAUAAAAAGCAAUAAUUUCCACUAUGAAUGCCUCGCAGUUAUGGGACACAGGGGAAAAAAGGACUUUGGGGGAGUAUCAGUUCACUGCAUAACAGAAAAUCUUUCCUUUUCCUGACCCGCAUAACCCAUGUUUUUAUUUAUUAGUUUACACAUUCCAUCCAAGUGAAACAGGAAUCCAAAAAGCACCAUCGUGUAUAUGGAGGUUAUUUCCACAUCUAUUCAACCAGAGGAUUCUGGGAUCUGGCUACCAAGAGGCAUUUGAGACAAUAAAGAAUUCUGUUCGCGUACUUUCUCAGCCCCUCUAGCUUUGACUUUGUCAUUUCCUCGUGAAAGGCCUUUAUUGUGAGCUUUGCAUUGCUGGCAAGAACAAGAGAGCCCAACUGAACUCUUCAGUCAGUCAGCAAGGCCAAACAGAGGGUCUCUUAGAAGGUCUGAACUGUGGGAGAUGUAGCAGCCGCCAAAGAAAUGGCCCUUGUGCUCGAGGGGUUUACAAGGGUUCUAUAAGGCAUACAUAUAAGGAUCUUUCACAGACAAUAUGCUCAAUCUAGUAGGAAGUGUGUGGCACCCAGCGGAUGUGCUGUAGGAGUCGGGGUGGGGGUGGGAGG